AUGGCCCGUUGCAGAUUAACCCUCAGCCCCCGCCCCCCACCCGGACACCUGCAGUCCCUGGAAGUGGGUGGAGGCUUGACAAGCUGCAUGCCUGGAGCAGGCCAGGCGCAGAGGCCAGCCCAGCAUGCUGAGCCCUUGGCACUGAGGCUGCCACCGGCCAUGGAGGGCCCAGUGGAGCCGGCUCCGAGGGGGAAGGGGCCCAUGGGGCCCUCGGGGAGCAGUGGCGACUGCGGGGUCCGGGAAGCGGCCAAGAGCACGUCCGUCAUCUGGGAGCAACCACAGCCCGAGGAGGCCAAGGCCACCGUCCGAGGGGGACCCUGCUCUGCUACUGACGCUGCUCUGGCCUCUGGCGUCUCUCAGCAGGCUGCUGGGCCCUCCCCUGGCCAGAUGGGGUCCUGCCCCACAGACCUGACCUUGCAGCUGCUGGCGGUGCGGCGAAAGAGCGGGCUGCCCGACCCCAACCUGCAACAGGCCCUACGGGGCCGGCUCCGCCUGCUGGAGAAUGAGAGCUGCGAGGUGGCCCGCGCCCUCGGGGAGCUGUCGGCCAGGCUGCUGUCCAUCCACAGUGACCAGGACCGGAUGGUGGUGACAUUUAAGACGUUUGAAGAAAUCUGGAAGUUUUCUACCUACCACGCUCUUGGCUUCACUCAUCACUGCCUGGAGAACCUGCUCAUGGACCAGGCCUUCUGGCUGCUCGAGCCUGACGAGGACCAGGAGACGGCCAUCCAGGUCCAGGUGGAUGCGGACGCCUUGAGGCUGGCGUACGAGAGCCUCCUCGUCCAGGAAGGGCCUUUCUUCGUCCUGUGUCCUGACUACCACGUGAGAGUGAGGAAUGGCCCCCAGCCCCUCAGGCGGCCUCCGAGGGGUCCUCAGGCAGACGCGGCCACUGCACUGGACCCUUCAGCCCCGAGUCCCGGCACGUCCUCGGAGGAGGAGGGGGCAGCGGCGGCCACUCUGGAGCCGUUGAUUCCGUUCCAUCAGUGGGCGCUCAGGGUCCCCAAGGACUCCGUCAACGACACCCUGGGUGGACCCGUGGCGCCGGACAUCCAGCUGAUGGCCAUAGGCCAGGCCUUGGCCGUAGCGGACUGCCAGGGCUCAGGGCCUGAAGAGAUGACCUUCCGAAGCGGUGACCACAUUGAGAUCCUGGGCGCUCAGGUGCCCGGCCUGCCCUGGUGCCUGGGCCGGCACGCGGCCUCUGGCCAGGUCGGGUUUGUGCGGACGAGCCUCAUCAGUGUGCAGGGCCAGGCGUCUGACUUCUUGGAAAAUGUGAUUUUUCUCAGUGAAGAAGAAAGGUCUUUCUUUAGCCGUGAAGGACGCUUUUCUGAGGAGGAGGCCAGGCAGCUGCUGAGAAGGACGUCCAGCACGAAUGUCUGCACGGUGUACAGCCUGGACACGUCAGAAGAAGCUGAGACGCAGCAGCAGCAGGAGGAAGAAGAAAUGUCCCCGCCUUGCCUGAACCCAGAGCCACAGGAGAUCCUGCAGAUGGUGAAGAAUGUUCUAGAACAAUGCAAGUCCUGUCAGGGCUGCCCCAAGGAACCAGGGUCCCCUGGUGUCCACAGGGCUUCCAGUGGUGCGGGCCUGCCGGACACCGAGGAGCCCUCCUUCUGCCUGGAUGUAGGAGAUGACUGGGCUGACCCGGAGGCCCUGGGCUUGCAGCUGCUGUUCCUGGACGCACCCGGGUUCCAGGCCGGUUUCCAGGGCCUGUACGACCUCUCCCCGCCCAUGCUGAGCGGCGUGUUCGGCAGCUUCAACGACGAGGAGGAGCUGGUCAGGCGGCUGGCCGAGGCCCGCGGGGUAGCCAAAAAAGCCGGGCUGCCCAUGGCCCUGGCCAGGCUCUGCUUCCUGCUGGGACGGCUGUGCGUGCGACAGCUGAAGCUGUCCCAGGCCCGCGUGUACUUCGAGGAAGCCCUGGGGGUGCUCGGGGGCCGCUUCGGGGACCUGGUCCUGGUGGCGGCCGUGUACACCGGCCUGGCCUCGGUCCACCUGCGGCAGAAGAGCAAGGAGAAGUGCGCACAGGUGGUGCCCAAGGCCUUGGCCCUGCUCCUGGGGACGCCCAGCCACGGCGGCAGCUCCGAGGCCGACUCCGGCCUCCUGACCCUGGCCCUGCGGAGGGCCAUCGGCGGCCGCAGCCCUCAGGCCGAGGCCCGGGCCUGCUUCUUGCUGGCCAAGCACCAUGCCCGCCUCAAGCAGCCGGAGGAGGCCCUGCCCUUCCUGGAGAGGCUGCUACUGCUGCUACCCGGGGCGGUGGGGACCCCGGGCGCCUCCUGGCCCAUGGACUGCUACCUGCUGCUGGCAGGCAUCUACAGCCAAAGGUGCCUGCCGCACCUGGCACUGAGCUGCAUCAGAGUGGCCUCACUGAGGGCACAGGGCUCGCUGCGCAGCGCACUCCGGAGCGCGGCCCUGGUCCUGCAGAACAGCCCGCGGCUCCCCGUCCUGCCCGCCCAGCUGGCUCACUACCUCCGGCGGGCGCUGGCCUUCCCGGCCUCCGGCUCCGGGCGGGCCCUACAUGGCCCCGUCUACGCCAGCCUGGCCCAGCUGUACAGCCAGCACGGGUGGCAGGGCAGGGCCAUCGCCUUCAUGGUGCAGGCCGUGGAGACAGAUGCCCGGCUGGGUGGCCGCACCGUCGUGGACCGCCUGGUGGCCCUGGCCUGGCUGCACAUCCUUCACAGGCAGAGCUCGGCAGCCCUGGGCAUCCUGGAGUCCCUCCUGGAGGCGGCGGUGACCACCCCGGACCAGGAGGGCCUGAUUGCCAACAUGACGGCUGUCGCCCUGAAGAGGACCGGCAGGACCCGGCGGGCGGCCGAGGGCUACUACCGCGCCCUGAGGGUGGCCCGGGGCCUGGGCUGCCCGCGGAAUGAGGCAGUGGUCCUGGCCAACUUCGGGGCCCUGUGUCUGCAGACCGGCGCCGGCGGGCUGGCCCAGCACUACCUCCUGGAGGCCGUGAAGCUCUUCUCGCGGCUGCCUGGCAGGGAGGGCGGCCUGGACUUCACCCGGGUGCUGCUACGGCUGGGGGACCUGUGCACCCGCAGGGUGCUCGCCCGGCAGGCCAGGUGCUACUACGAGUGGGCCUUUCUGGUUGCCGUGGAGAUGGACCACUGGGAGAGCCAGCUGCUCGCCGUCCAGCGGCUCUGUCACUUCUACGGCACGGUCGUGCCCAACGAGGCCCGGUGCGUCGUCUACCACGAGUUCCAGCUCUCGCUGGCCCGCAGGGCGAACGACAAGGUGCUGGAGGGGCAGCUCCUGGAGGCCAUAAGCCAGCUCUACCUGUCCCUGGGCACUGAGCGGGCCUACAGGUCCGCCCUGGAGUACACCAAGCGCAGCCUGGGGGUUUUCAUCGACCUGCUGAAGAAGGACAAGGAGGCGCACGCCUGGCUGCAGGCGGGGAAGAUCUACUACGCGCUGCGGCAGAGCGAGCUGGUGGACCUGUACAUCCAGGCUGCGCAGAACGCCGCCCUGUACACGGGGGACCCCGGCCUGGGGCUGCAGCUCUUCGAGGAGGCCGGAGACAUCUUCUUCAACGGGGCCUGGGAUCGCGAGAAAGCAGUGUCCUUCUACCGGGACCGGGCACUGCCCCUGGCGGUGUCCACGGGAAGCCGGGAGGCCGAGCUGCGGCUCUGCAACAAGCUGUCUGCGCUGCUGGCUGAGAUGGAGACGCCCCAGGAGGGCCUGGAGUUCGCCCACACAGCCCUGGCGCUCAGCCUCACCCUGGGGGACCGGCUGAACCAGCGGGUGGCCUGUCACCGGCUGGCUGCCCUGCACCACCGGCUGGGCCACAGCGAGCUGGCGGAGCACUUCUACCUCAAGGCGCUGUCGCUCUGCACCUCGCCGCUGGAGUUCGACGAGGAGCCCCUGUACUACGUGAAGGUGUACCUGGCGCUUGGCGACAUCAUCUUCUACGACCUCAAGGACCCGCUGGAUGCGGCCGGGUACUACCAGCUGGCGCUGGCGGCAGCCAUGGACCUGGGCAGCAAGAGGGCCCAGAUGAAGCUCUGCGCGCGCCUGGCCUCCGUCUACCACCACUCCCUCCUCGACCGUGAGAUGUCCCUCUUCUUCUACCAGAAGGCGCGGGCCUUCGCCACCGAGCUCAGCGUCCGCCGGGGCCACCUGGUCCCCGGGCCCCCGUCCUGAGCCCGGUGCUUGCAGGCACGGCCUCCGGCUGGCCCAGGGUCUCGGGGGCUGGCUUCCUGGGAAAGGGAGGCACGCGGUCA